AUGUCGAUGUGGGUGGUCUGCACUGAGGCCAUGUUGAUGCCGCCGCAGUCUAAAGCUGAGUAUCUGAAGCGUUACUUGUCUGGGGCAGAUGCUGGCCUGGAGGGAGGCUCAGAGCUGGUUCGGAAGCGGCGCAAAAAACGGCCGAAGCCUGGAGGCGCCAGUGGCAAGGGAAUGCAGAUUGUUGAUGAUGAUGUGGGCUGGGCAGCUAUCUCUACCGAGAAGCCGGAAAAGGAGGAGGAAGAGGAUGGAGAUUUGCCUGUGGUGGCUGAGUUUGUGGUGGAUGAGCAUCCAGAAGAGGUGAAGCAGAUGGAGGCCUUCUGCUCCAGUGCCAAAUGGAAGCUUCUGGGGGACCACAGUGAAGAUGGACAUUUCCAUCAUGACAUCCCGGAUCCAUCUCCUCCUAGGAGGGCCCGUCAUGAUUCAGAUGCUUCUCCCCACAGGAAGUCUCAUUGUAAUUCCUCAGGUGUAUCUCCUAAGAGAGGUCAUCAUGGUUCGUCAGGUAUCUCUUCCCCCAGAAGGGCCCAUAACCACUCCCCUGACACAGGCCAACACAGGAGGACUUUCGACUCUUCAGACCCACAGCAUCUCAGGAAGACCCGUCACGACGACUCCCCUAAUUUGGAACUGCCCAGAACCAAAAGUAGUAAAGCUGCAGAAAGAUCCCAGAGGGAGCUGGGACCCUCCCACCCGCCACUCUCCAAGGACAGCAAGUAUGGGCGUGACUCUGACCUUUCUCCACGGAAGCCGCAAGCAAAAGCUCAUUUGGGAGCUCAGAAGCAGCUUGAUCCUAAAGGUGUCUGCCACAAAGCCUCUGACUCAGAUCUGUCUCCUCCACGGCAAAAACAAAAUUCAAGACACCAGGAUUCUGACUCAGGUCUGUCACCACCAUGGAAUAGACAGAGACGCCAGUGCUCUGACUCCGACCUCUCUCCACCCCGGAGAAGACAGAGGACCAAGUCUUCUGAUUCUGACCUCUCUCCUCCUCGAAGGAGUCCCCGUCCUGGGAAGAAGACUGCACACAUGUAUUCCGGCGCGAAAACUGGGUUGGUGACUGAUGUUCAGCGGGAGCAGCAGGAACUCGGGAAACAGGACCAAGACACCACAGCCCUUGGAGCGCAGUUUGAAUUCGCUGAAACUGUAUUUCGAGACAAGUCUGGUCGGAAGAGGAAUCUGAAGCUGGAACGCCUGGAACGGAGGAGAAAAGCAGAGAAGAACUCUGCGCGAGACGAGCUAUAUUAUGCGCAGUGUGGGGAAGGGCUUGCCCAGAGCCGGCAACAGCAGCAGAAUGUAGAGGAUGCAAUGAAGGAGAUGCAGAAGGCUCUGACCCGCUAUAUCGACGAUGAAGAUCUGGAUCGGAUGCUGAGAGAACAAGAAAGAGAGGGACCGAUGGCCAACUUCAUUAAGAAGAAUAAGGCCAAGGAGAACAAGCAUAAGAAGGUGAGGCCUCGCUACAGUGGUCCUGCACCUCCUCCCAACAGAUUCGACAUCUGGCCUGGAUACCGCUGGGAUGGAGUGGACAGAUCCAAUGGCUUUGAGCAGAAGCGCUUUGCCAGGCUUGCCAGCAAGAAGGCUGUGGAGGAGCUCGCCUACAAGUGGAGUGUGGAGGACAUGUGACUUCUCCAAGGCUGUGUGUGUGGCGCUGUGGUGGCAGUGGCAUAGGCUAGCCCAACAUCCAGCCUAAUGGUCGUCUUGCUGAUAGACACAGACCAACUUGCUAUCAGUUCUGACCUUUGGA